AAGUAAAACAGUUAUUGAUUAUGAUAAAUAUCUAUAAAUAUGAUUUUGAGAGAUGUAGAAAAUUUCUAAAAAUAUACGGAGUGAAAAUUACUAGGUACAGUAUUUUAGAAAUAGUAUCUGUAGCAAAAAUUUAAGCUAUGGACUUUUUAUUUAAAGAUUGUUUUAACUGAAGGAUUUCAGUGGCAUUUCUAUGGUGAACAGCUUGACUUCUGUUCCCUGUUUGCCUUUUCAGCCCCCUCAUUGUAUUCAUAACAGAUGCAUCUUAUGAGAAAACCUCUUUUGAACUACCUGUCUUGGGUUCUAUAUGACUGACUGUCCUUGACUAACACAACUUUUUUUUUUUUCUUAUUAUACGAUUGCAUUCUUACUUCUGUAAUGUUUCAUAUAAAUUAGAAAUGAUUUAAUAGACAAUGGGAGCGGCACGGGCGGCGCCGGGAGGCAGUUGACAGGCGUCUGCGGCUUCGCUUCAUGGCCGCCCUGCCGCCCCGCCUGGGCUCUCCGGGGACUGGGGAAGCCCGCGGGGGCCCCGAGCCCGAGCUGGCAAGCCGAGCGGGGAACCUGUGCGCGGCGCCGCGGAGGCGCAGCCUGUGAAGCCAAGACGGCAGCCAGCGCGGGGCGAUCCUCCCAGCCGGCCGGGAUGGCCACGACGGCCGAGCUCUUCGAGGAGCCUUUUGUGGCAGAUGAGUACAUUGAACUUCUUGUGUGGAGAACCCCAGGAGGAGGCUCUAGAGGUGGACCUGAAGCUUUUGAUCCCAAAAGAUUAUUAGAAGAAUUUAUAAAUCACAUUCAAGAACUCCAGAUAAUGGAUGAAAGGAUUCAGAGGAAAGUAGAGAAAUUAGAACAACAAUGUCAGAAAGAAGCCAAGGAAUUUGCCAGGAAGGUGCAAGAGCUCCAGAAAAGCAAUCAGGUUGCCUUUCAGCAUUUCCAAGAACUGGAUGAACACAUUAGCUAUGUGGCAACCAAAGUCUGUCACCUUGGAGACCAACUGGAGGGGGUAAACACACCCAGACAGCGGGCAGUGGAGGCUCAGAAGUUGAUGAAAUAUUUUAAUGAGUUUCUAGAUGGAGAAUUGAAAUCGGAUGUUUUUACAAAUUCUGAAAAGAUAAAGGAGGCAGCAGACAUCAUCCAGAAGUUGCACCUAAUUGCCCAGGAGUUACCUUUUGAUAGAUUUUCAGAAGUAAAAUCCAAAAUGCAAGGUUUUGUGAAAGACCAGUUAGAAGAAUGUAGGAAAUCUGAUGCAGAGCAGUAUCUCAAAAACCUCUAUGAUCUAUAUACAAGAACCACCAAUCUUUCCAGCAAGUUGAUGGAGUUUAAUUUGGGUACUGAUAAACAGACUUUCUUGUCCAAGCUUAUCAAAUCCAUUUUCAUUUCCUAUUUGGAAGACUAUAUUGAAGUGGAGACUGGAUAUCUGAAAAGCAGAAGUGGUAUGAUCCUACAGCGUUAUUAUGAUUCAAAAAAUCAUCAAAAGAGAUCCAUUGGCACAGGAGGUAUUCAGGAUUUGAAAGAGAGAAUUAGACAACGUACCAACUUACCACUGGGGCCAAGUAUUGAUACCCAUGGGGAAACUUUCCUAUCCCAAGAAGUGGUGGUUAAUCUUUUACAAGAAACCAAACAAGCCUUUGAAAGAUGUCAUAGGCUCUCUGAUCCCUCUGAUUUACCAAGGAAUGCCUUUAGAAUUUUUACCAUUCUUGUGGAAUUUUUAUGUAUUGAGCAUAUUGAUUAUGCUUUGGAAACAGGACUUGCCGGAAUUCCUUCUUCAGAUUCUAGGAAUGCAAAUCUGUAUUUUUUGGAUGUUGUGCAACAAGCCAAUACUAUUUUUCAUCUUUUUGACAAGCAGUUUAAUGAUCACCUUAUGCCACUAAUAAGCUCUUCUCCUAAGUUAUCUGAAUGCCUUCAGAAGAGAAAAGAAAUAAUUGAACAAAUGGAGAUGAAAUUGGAUACUGGUAUUGAUAGGACAUUAAAUUGUAUGAUUGGACAGAUGAAGUAUAUCUUGGCUGCAGAACAAAAGAAAACAGAUUUUAAGCCAGAGGAUGAAAACAAUGUUUUGAUUCAAUAUACUAAUGCCUGUGUAAAAGUCUGUGCUUAUGUAAGAAAACAAGUAGAAAAGAUAAAAAAUUCCAUGGAUGGAAAGAAUGUAGACACAGUUUUGAUGGAACUUGGAGUACGUUUUCAUCGACUUAUUUAUGAACAUCUUCAACAAUAUUCCUACAGUUGUAUGGGUGGCAUGUUAGCAAUUUGUGAUGUAGCUGAAUAUAGAAAGUGUGCCAAAGACUUCAAGAUUCCAAUGGUAUUACAUCUUUUUGAUACUCUGCAUGCACUUUGCAAUCUUCUGGUAGUUGCCCCAGAUAAUUUAAAGCAAGUCUGCUCAGGAGAACAGCUUGCUAACCUGGACAAGAACAUACUUCACUCCUUUGUACAACUUUGCGCUGACUAUAGAUCUGCCCGCCUAGCUCGACACUUCAGCUGAAGUUCAGUUGACCAAGGGAAUGUGUUGUACUUCGGCAGACCUCGGUUGACAGAAAGCACAGGCGAUUGCUUAUGACACAGCCAACAUUUUAUGGAAAAAUGACUGUUUGGAAGUAAACAUCAGCCAUACUUACUGUUGAGGUUUUAUUUGAAAUUUGGAUACCACUAGAUAUAUUUGGCUUUUUUUCUCCUAAGUUGAAUUUUUAAUACCAUUUUUGAAUUUAUAAAUUUCAAAAUCUGCAAAAGUUCAUGUCACUGUUUUUGUCCUGGAAAGUGGUGUCAGAAGGCAAGUGAAAUGUUACCAGUGUUCCAGUUCUUGUUCUUUGACAUGUUCCAUUGGGAAAUUUUACCAUCCCAUUUUUGCUUUGGUAACAGGUGAAAUACAGCAAAACUGCAUUAAUUAUUCAUAAGUUUUUAAUGACCAACACUGGUAAUUGUUUAACAGAUUAUUCUAGAUUUUUCAGAAGAAUUUUUUGCCUUUGUCAAAAGGUUAACAUUUAGAUAAUAAUUUAUGUAGUUGGAUUUUUUCUGAUGUACAACAAUAAUAUAUUCCCAGAAAAAUGUUAUAAACUAAAGUGAUGAAAUGUUUUAUGUAGACAUUACGAGUGGAUCAGAAUUCAUCUCCUUUCUGAGUAAAACUUAAAAGUUUACUAUUUCUUAUUUCGUAAAUAGAUUUUAAGCCAAUUCUAGCAAGGAGUUAAUAAAAUUACCUUAUUUUACAUUUCCACUUAAGACUUUAACUAAAAGUCCAUAUUUAUUCACUAUUUUAAUAUUAUAAGGGAGGUAAAAAAAACUGAGGUAUAGCAUAAACGGUGCAUUUGGGAAGUAUUGACAAUAUUUCACAACAAUGUAGUUCUAUUAAGAUUUCAAUUUUACUGCUAACCUUGAAUAAGAUGGGAUGUCUAAACAUGCAGUAGUCUUCUGUUUUAAGAAUUGGCAUUUGGUAGGUAAGAUUAUAUACUCUAAAUGUGGAGACAGCUUUUUCAUAUUUGCAGGUUCUGUCAUUGUCCUUUUUCAAGGCAUUUCUGAAGUUGUUCCUAGUUGGAUAUAGUUAAUUGAAUUGGCUUCCUAUGGUGACAUAAUAAAUCUCUUACAAAAUCUUAAACAUCAGUUAAAAAUUUAGAAAGGCCAUUCUAUCAACUCUAUAAACUUCUGCAAAAAUGUAUUUUAAAUUAUAUGUAGUUUUUCAGUUUCCUUUGUGUUGUUCAUAGUCCUAGGCCUAGGAACAGAUAAACUUUAAUACUUAAUUCAUUCUUGGCAUUUUUUUCUUUAAUGGAGACUUUUUUGGCCUAAUUUUGGAAAACUUUUUCUUUUGAGAGCCUGAUUCUGAAUGGUCAUCUUUUACCGAACCUUCCAUGUCCAGAGCUAACUAACUGCUGUUCAAGUUACCAUCGACUUCAUUUUCUUCACUUUCUAUUUAGCCCGGUGUUAUCAAAGUCAGCAUAGAAAAUGAAGUAUGCCAACUUUUGUCAAAACAUGUUAGGGCAUUGUGGCAGCAUUAGGAAGCUGUCUGGAUUUGUAUUCCUCAGCCAAGGGAGAGCCAGAACACGUUUUGGAUACUGGAGAAAAUCAUAUGCCUGUACUGUUGCCAUUUUAGAAAGCUCUGAUGUGAAUUCAAAUUAUACUUCUGUUACAUAAAGCCAACAGUUUUAAGGCAGUAGUUUUAGAGGCCAUUUGAACUCUUUGUACAGACAAUUUGUAAAAAAAAAAAAAAAAAAAAAAAAAAAAACAACAGAAACAAAGACAAAAAAAAACCUCAAAUAAAAUACA